CCUCUUGCCCUCACAAGUGAAGGGAAAACAGCAGGUCUGGGCUUCUCAGGGCUGACUUCAGAGCCUGCCACCGGGAAAGGUGAGCACGGGACAACAAGAGAAGACGGAAAGAGAUGAGGAGCACAUCUGUGGGAGUAGUUUCUGGAAGACGUAUUAGAGAGCCCAGCACAGCUGUCGAGAAUGGAAAGACCAAUGAGAAGACAGGCGGACACAUGCCCUGUGAAACCUGCAUGUGUACAGACGACCAGAGAGAGCUAGUGUCAGGGUCAGCGGAGGACAGCCAGGCGCCGCCGGAGCCCGCGCUGAGGCUCGUCCUGGUGGGGAGGACAGGGGCGGGGAAGAGCGCCACCGGGAACAGCAUCCUGGGCCAGAGACGGUUCCUCUCCAGGCUCGGAGCCACGUCUGUGACCAGAGCCUGCGCCGUCGGCAGCCGGAGGUGGGACAAGUGGCGCGUGGAAGUCGUGGACACUCCGGACCUUUUCAGCUCCGAAAGGCCCGAGGCAGAGCCGGGGCGCGAGGAGAGAGGCCGCUGCUACCUGCUCUCGGCCCCCGGGCCGCACGCGCUGCUGCUGGUGACCCCGCUGGGCCGGUUCACCGCCCAGGACCAGCAGGCUGUGAGGACGGUGAGGGCGAUGUUCGGGGACGGCGUCCUGCAGCGCACGGUCGUCGUCUUCACCAGGAAGGAGGACCUGGCCGGGGGCUCUCUGCAGGAGUACGUGCGCGCCACGGAGAACCGCGCGCUGCGGGAGCUGGUGGCCACGUGCGGGGGCCGCGUCUGUGCCUUCGACAACCGAGCCGCCGGCCCGGAGCAGGAGGCGCAGGCGGAGGAGCUGCUGCGGCUGGUGGGGGCCCUGGUCAGGGAGAACGGGGGCGCCCACUACACCAACGAGGUGUACGGCCUGGCGCAGGCCCUGCGCUGGGCGUGCCCCGAGGAGCGGCUGCGGAGGGUGGCGGAGCAGGUGGCGGCCCGCAUGCGGCGGCCCUGGGUGGCCUGGCUGCUGGCCGGGCUGUGGGGGUGGCAGAAGUCCCACGGGACAGGCUGGAGGCUCCGCGUCGCCGUCCUGCUGGGGAGCGCGCUCCUGCUCCUGGUGCUGCUCUGCAGGAGCCGGUCUGAGGACUUAGCUGAGGUCAGACCGGGCUGACGUUGUGAAUGUGACUCCCACGCAUCAACCGACAGUCACGUCAGUCUUCCGCGCCUAGUGUUCUGCGUCGCAGCCCACGGACUCUCCUCCCUCACCUCGCCAUAACCUACCAACUCCAGAGUCUUGCCUGGACCCGCCUCGCCCCAAACCUUGCCACGUGAGCUGGCCCUCCUGGAGCUCUCCCCUUGCUGGAGCCAAAUGACCGCUGUGUCUUUUGCGCAUUUCCCACCGACCUCAGGCUACCUUCCCUGUGGUUGCCUUCUUUCCUGAAAACAGGUGAGGAGCAUUUGCCCUCCUAUUCCCCGUAUUCCCCACAGGACCGAGGAGAAGCAUCAUUAAGUGAACCCUGAGUACCGUGCACAUGUGCUCAAUUGAACGGAAUCUAUUUCCAUAAAUAAAUAUACCAGAUGAUCACGUUUUGUGAAAGGUCAAUAUUUGUGGA